AACAAGAUUUGACAGACUCAAAGCUUUCUGUGGACCAGAGUGUCACUCUGCAAUUUGACUUUCACUUUGAAUCUCUUUCCAUUAUCCUUUAUAACAACGAUGUCAACCAGGAGUCCAAACUUUCAUUUCAUAAUGAAAAUUUCCGUCUUGGUGAACUCAGACUGCAUCUUAUGGCCUCCACAGGGAAGAUGUUUAAGGAUGGCUCAAUGAAUGUCAGCGUUAAACUUAAGACAUGCACCCUUGAUGAUCUCAGAGAAGGCAUCGAGAGAGCAACAUCGAGAAUGAUUGACAAAAAGAAUGACCACGAUAACAACAGUUCUAUGAUUGAUGUAAGUUACAAACAAGACAGAAAUGGAAGUCAAAUUGAUGCUGUUCUCGACAAGCUGUAUGUAUGUGCCAGUGUGGAAUUUCUGAUGACUGUGGCAGAUUUCUUCAUCAAAGCCAUGCCUCAGAGUCCAGAAAAUAUGGCAAAAGAAACACAGAUUCCACCAAGACAGAUCGCCAUGGGGAAAGUCAAGAUAGAGAAAGAUGACUCUCUAAGACCAAAUAUGACUUUAAAGGCCAUGAUCACAGAUCCGGAAGUUGUAUUUGUUGCCAACCUGACAAGGGCAGAUGCUCCUGCUCUAACAGCCUCUUUUCAGUGUAACCUCUCUCUAUCAACAUCCAAACUUGAACAGAUGAUGGAAGCUUCUGUGAGAGAUCUGAAAGUGCUCGCUUGUCCUUUUCUCAGAGAAAAAAGAGGGAAAAACAUUACCACGGUCUUGCAGCCCUGCUCUUUAUUUAUGGAAAAAUGUACGUGGGCUUCAGGAAAACAAAAUAUAAAUAUUAUGGUUAAAGAAUUCAUAAUUAAGAUUUCACCCAUAAUUCUUAAUACUGUGAUGACAAUCAUGGCUGCUAUGUCUCCAAAGACAAAAGAAGAUGAAUCUAUAGAUACAUCUAAGGAAGCAGAAAAUCUUUGGGGUGUCAAAUCUAUUAAUGAUUUUAACUCUUGGUUUCUUGGUGUGGACACGGCAACAGAAAUAACAGAAAAUUUCAAAGACACUGAACAUCCAUUGAUAGAGGAAAAUUGUAUUGUUGCUGUGGAAUCAGUUCAAGUUACCCUAGAAUGUGGCCUUGGACAUCGGACUGUUCCUUUAUUAUUGGCGGAGUCUAAAUUUUCAGGGAAUAUUAAAAAUUGGUCUUCUCUAAUGGCUGCUACUGCCAACAUGACACUAGAGGUUCACUAUUACAAUGAGAUCCACGCUGUCUGGGAGCCACUGAUUGAGAGAGUGGAGGGGAAGAAGCAGUGGAAUUUAAGGAUUCAUGUAAAGAAGAACCCAGUCCAGGAUAAAAGUUUGAUGCCAGGAGAUGAUUUUAUUCCUGAGCCACAAAUGGCAAUUUGUAUUUAUUCAGGAGAUACAAUGAAUAUAACAAUAUCCAAAAGUUGUCUUAAUGUUUUCAACAAUUUAGCAAAAGGUUUUUCAGAGGGCGCUGCUGCUUCUUUUGACUACUCUUUAAAAGACAGGGCUCCUGUUACUGUGAAAAAUGCUGUAGGUGUGCCCAUGAAGGUACGGCCCAAUCGUAAUCUCAGAGUAAUGGGCUCCCCUGAGAAAAGUGAUGUUUUUGAUGUUGAUGCUGGUCAGAGUUUGGAAUUGGAAUAUGCCUGCAUGGAACCUUCAAGUCGAGGGAAACUGUCUAUAUUGAGCCGUCAGGAAAGCUCCUUCUUCACUCUGACCUUUGUACCUCGUGGAUAUACAGAAGUCGCAAAUAUCCCUGUUGCCAGACCUGGACGGCAAUUGUAUAAUGUACGGAAUCCCAGUGUCAGUCAUUCUGACUCAGUCUUGGUACAGAUUGAUGCAACUGAAGGGAAUAAAGUAAUUACCCUUCGCUCUCCUCUGCAGAUUAAAAACCAUUUCUCUAUUGCAUUUAUCAUCUAUAAAUACAUCAAGAAUGUUAAGUUAUUAGAGUGCAUUGGAAUAGCCAGACCUGAGGAGGAGUUCCAUGUUCCUUUAGAUUCAUAUAGGUGUCAAUUGUUUAUUCAGCCAGCUGGAAUCUUAGAGCAUCAAUACAAAGAAUCCACCACUUACAUUUCCUGGAAGGAAGAACUUCACAGGAGCAGGGAAGUCAGAUGCAUGUUGCAGUGUCCAUCAAAAGAAGUCAGCUUCUUACCUCUCAUAGUGAAUACAGUUGCUCUGCCUGAUGAAUUAAGCUAUAUAUGUACACGUGGGGAAGACUGGGAUCCAGCUUACAUUAUUCAUCUUUAUCCUUCUCUCAUUUUGCGGAAUCUUCUCCCAUAUUCUCUAAGAUAUUUACUUGAGGGAACAGCAGAAACUCAUGAGCUAGCAGAAGGCAGUGCUGCUGAUGUUCUACAUUCAAGAAUCAGUGGAGAAAUAAUGGAGUUAGUCUUGGUGAAAUACCAGGGCAAAAACUGGAACGGACAUUUUCGCAUAUGUGAUACACUUCCCGAAUUCUUUCUUGUGUGUUUUUCUUCUGACUCCACAGAAGUGAUGACAGUUGACCUGUCAGUACACGUCAGGCGUAUUGGCAGCCGGAUGGUGCUGUCUGUCUUCAGUCCCUAUUGGCUAAUCAACAAGACUUCUCGGGUUCUCCAGUAUCGUUCAGAAGAUAUUCAUGUGAAACAUCCAGCUGAUUUCAGGGAUAUUAUUUUAUUCUCUUUCAAGAAGAAGAACAUUUUUAGUAAAAAUAAGGUACAAUUAAAAAUUUCAACUAGUGCCUGGUCCAGCAGUUUCUCAUUGGAUACAGUGGGAAGUUAUGGCUGUGUGAAGUGUCCUGCCAACAAUAUGGAAUAUCUGGUCGGUGUUAGCAUUAAAAUGAGCAGUUUUAAUCUUUCUCGAAUAGUCACUCUGACUCCCUUUUGUACCAUUGCAAACAAGUCAUCAUUAGAACUAGAAGUUGGUGAAAUUGCAUCUGAUGGCUCAAUGCCAACUAAUAAAUGGAGCUAUAUUAGUUCUUCAGAGUGCCUUCCAUUUUGGCCUGAAAAUUUGUCAGGCAAACUGUGUGUGAGAGUGGUGGGCUGUGAAGGAUCUUCCAAACCAUUUUUUUAUAACCGACAGGAUAAUGGCACUUUAUUGAGCUUAGAAGAUCUGAAUGGGGGUAUCUUGGUGGAUGUAAACACUGCUGAGCAUUCAACUGUCAUAACCUUUUCUGAUUACCAUGAGGGAUCUGCACCUGCCCUGAUAAUAAACCAUACACCAUGGGACGUCCUCACAUAUAAACAGAGUGGGUCACAGGAAGAAGUAGACUUGCUGCCAAGACAAGCUCGACUUUUUGCCUGGGCCGAUCCUACUGGUACCAGAAAACUUACAUGGAGAUAUGCAGCAAAUGUUGGGGAGCAUGGUCUGUUAAAGGAUGAAUGUGGACAAUUUCCAUAUGAUGCAAACAUCCAGAUACACUGGGUAUCAUUCCUAGAUGGGCGCCAGAGAGUUUUGCUUUUCACAGAUGAUGUUGCCUUGGUUUCCAAAGCACUGCAGGCAGAAGAAAUGGAACAGGCCGAUCAGGAGAUAACCUUGUCUCUGCACAGUCUUGGGCUUUCACUGGUCAACAAUGAAAACAAGCAGGAAGUUUCAUAUGUUGGGAUAACCAGUUCUGGUGUUGUUUGGGAGAUGAAACCAAAACAGAAAUGGAAGCCUUUUAGUCAAAAGCAGAUAAUCUUAUUGGAACAGUCCUAUCAGAAAUAUCAAGUAUCAGGAGACCAUGACUGGAUUAAGCUAGACAAUAAUUUUGAGGUCAAUUUUAAUAAAGUUCCAAUGGAAAUGCGCCUCCCUGUUCGGUGCCCUAUUAAACGAGAUUUUUUGUCAGGAAUUCAGAUUGAAUUUAAGCAGUCUCCUCACCAGAGAAGUUUAAGGGCCAGGUUGUACUGGCUUCAGGUUGAUAGUCAGUUACCAGGUACAAUGUUCCCUGUCGUAUUUCAUCCUGUGGCCCCUCCAAAAUCUAUUGCUUUGGAUUCAGAGCCCAAACCUUUCAUUGAUGUGAGCGUCAUCACAAGAUUUAAUGAAUACAGUAAAGUCUUACAGUUCAAGUAUUUUAUGGUCCUCAUUCAGGAAAUGGCCUUAAGAGUUGAUCAGGGAUUUCUAGGAGCUAUUAUUGCACUGUUCACACCAACAACUGACCCUGAAGCUGAAAGAAAAAGGACAAAGUUAAUCCAACAAGAUAUUGAUGCUCUGAACACAGAAUUAAUGGAGACUUCAAUGACUGAUAUGUCCAUUCUUAGUUUCUUUGAACAUUUCCAUAUUUCUCCUGUUAAGUUGCAUUUGAGUCUGUCCUUGGGUUCUGGAGGUGAAGAAUCAGAGAAAGGAAAACAAGAAAUGAUUGCAAUUCAUUCUAUCAACCUCCUGUUGAAAAGCAUAGGUGCUACUCUGACUGAUGUGGAUGACCUUAUAUUCAAGUAUUCCCCAUCUAGUUUAAUUGUGAUAUUCUUGAAACAGAUGUAUGUCCUCGUAUUGGGCUUAGAUGUGCUUGGAAACCCAUUUGGAUUAAUUAGAGGUCUGUCUGAAGGAGUCGAAGCUUUAUUCUAUGAACCUUUCCAGGGUGCUGUUCAAGGCCCUGAAGAAUUUGCCGAGGGGCUAGUGAUUGGAGUAAGAAGUCUCUUUGGACACACAGUAGGUGGUGCAGCAGGAGUUGUGUCUCGAAUCACCGGUUCUGUUGGUAAAGGUUUGGCAGCAAUUACAAUGGACAAGGAAUAUCAGCAAAAAAGAAGAGAGGAGAUGGGUCGACAGCCCAAAGAUUUGGGAGACAGCCUGGCUAGAGGAGGAAAGGGCUUCCUGAGGGGAGUUGUUGGUGGAGUGACUGGCAUAAUAACAAAACCUGUGGAAGGUGCCAAAAAAGAAGGAGCUGCUGGAUUCUUCAAAGGAAUUGGAAAAGGGCUUGUGGGUGCUGUGGCUCGUCCAACUGGGGGAAUCAUAGAUAUGGCCAGCAGUACUUUCCAAGGCAUUCAGAGAGCAGCAGAAUCAACUGAGGAAGUGUCCAGACUUCGCCCCCCUCGCCUGAUCCAUGAUGAUGGCAUCAUUCGUCCAUAUGACAGACAGGAAUCUGAGGGCUAUGACUUAUUUGAGAAUCACAUCAAAAAGUUGGAAGGAGAGACUUACCAAUACCACUGUACUGUUCCUGAAAGCAAGAAGACAAUUCUUAUGGUUACAAACAGGCGAGUGUUAUGUAUAAAGGAAGUUGAAAUCCUAGGCCAUAUGUCUGUAGACUGGCAGUGUCCAUUUGAAGAUUUUGUAUUUCCUCCUAGUGUCAGUGAAAAUCUGCUAAAAAUUUCAGUUAAGGAGCAGAGUCUGUUCCACAAAAAAGACAGUGCCAAUCCAGGCUAUCUUCGGAAAAUUUACCUGAAGGACACCAUUACAGCACAGAGAGUAUAUAAUGCCAUUGAGGAUGCUCAGUCAGCAAGACACCAGCAAAAACUGAUGAAGCAGUCAUCACUGAAACUUCUCAGGCCCCAGAUACCAUCUUAAUCACAGAUCUGCAAAGGCUGCUACCGUGAUAAAAAAACAGUCAAUAUUGUCUAUAAAUCACUCCUCUUUAUCUUACUAAAAAGAAUUUUUCAAGCAAUUAUUUAGUUUUACUUUUAUAGAAUAGCUAGUACUGGGUUUUCUAAUUUUCCGCUUUUAAUUUUGACUCUAACUUUGUAACCAAGUGUAUGUUAGCAAUCUACUUCUACACUGCUACACAAACGGUCAGACCCUUGAACAAACAUCACUUCAAAUUCAGAGUUAAAUUUUCAUUAAUAUUAAAAUUGUGAAGCAAAGGGCAAUAGACUUAUUUUUAAUUAAAGUCCUUACUGAAAAAUAAAAAAAGGAACUUAGAAUAACUAGUGUUUUUGGAACAGUUUUAGCCAUGGAUAAAUGUUGGACACUUUGACAUUUUGUUUAAGAAUAAUUUGUUCAAUAAUUGAACAGAGAUAACAUUUUUUGGUAAACCAGGUAACUGACUUAAACCAGGUAACUGACUGAAGAAAAGCCACUAAAGUGAGAAAUGACAUGUUUCCUGUUUUCUUUUCAUGAAAACUUUGUUUUUCUCCUAAUAAAAAACAUGCCUUCCUUUGGUGCUUAUUUUUCCUCCUUGCACUAUAAUAAAAGAAAUAUGAACAGUCAAGCCUUAAAAUAUCUAUACUCUGGAUUCAGAGUCCACAGUGCUCACCAUUACACCAGGGAACCCUUGUAUACUCUGUUCUCUGUAAUGUAGCAUUCACAGAAUGUUGAAAGUUAUUUACAUGCUCUUUCAAAAUGAGCUUAUAUGGCACAAUUAUAAUUUGCUGAUACCUGAAAAUAUUGCACUUUAAGUUUUUCAAGACUCAGAAAUAUGUAAAAUGCAAUAUUUUUAUAUUCCCAGAAAUUGAUUUUAGAAGUUGAAGGACUUUUAAAGGGCAUCAUAAAUUAACAUUUAAUUCUAAUGCAUACCUAGAAAUGUAUUUUGAACACUUACUAGGAAGAACGAAAAAUUUCUAGUUUCUUUAUAUAUAAGUAAAAUAAGACAUAUAUAACAACACUGUGGAAAAUAAGUGUUACAUGUAUUCUUUGAGGAAGCAAGCCUAUGGGAGUCAAUUCAGUACAGUAUUUUUUUGUUCUUUCUGCAUCUCACUUAAGCUGAUCAGAGAUAUGAUGCCUAUUAAAACUUAAGGAAAAACUACUCAAAAGUCUUUAAUGUCCUCGAAUGAACCUUUAGACUUGCUCAUGGUGUUUAAUGUGGCAUUUAUUUCAAAUCAUGGAAUUAAUGAUGAGGUGAAGAUGUGUACACACUUGGUUUGCUCUAUUUUCGUUGAUGUGUGGUAGUGGUUCUACCAUCAUUAUUUUAUGUUUUCUAAGACCUGGCUGUAAAACCUUUAACAUUUUCCUAGUGUUUAAUGUAUCAUCUAAAAAGAGAAUGCAGUAACUAAUACCCCAAAUGUUUGAUCUCUGGUAGUCAUUGCCUUUUCAACAUCGUUCUUUUUUGUUUGUUUGUUUUCUGUGAAGAAAAGUAUCAUAUAUAAGGCUUCUAGCUUUAAAUAAAAUUUCUAUAUUAGUGGUUAAUUGCAAUCCAUUAAAAGGAACAUUUUAAGCAAUUUCAUAGCAAGUCUUCUAGUAUUUUGUAUAUUUAACACUGACUUAAUCAGGAAUUUGGGAUACCAGAAUAUUUUUAUAUGAAUUACAACUAUUGACAAUGUCCUGAAUAUUUAAGAAAUUGUAUUGCACUGAUGGUUUUUUCUAGAAAUGCAUGUACAAAACAUUGAACUUAGAAAAAGAAUGGAAAUCUAUAAACUCACCAUCUCAGUUGGCUUAGAAAUAAACUUUCAAAUAUUUGUAAUAUUUUAAUUUGAUUUAAUUUCCUGGGACAGUCAUUUACUGGUAAGGUGUAAUCAUGUCUGUUGUGUUUUUUAAAAUGCCUUGAGAGUCAAUUACGUGCAUAUGAACUAUGGAGAGAAAUAAAACAUCUGGUGCAUUGUUUACAAGUGUGAAAA